AUGCGACCAUCCCUCAUUCUUCGAGCAACCCAACACAGGGUGCCCUUGAUUAAGUUUCUUGGGAAGCGAACAACACCUAAAUCAAUAGACCACACUCCCCACGCCCAUCCAGCUUCACCAACGCACUCUCUCCCCGAUAGCUUCGUUCAAUAUAGAGCCAAAGCCCAGCAACACGGUCCUUUGCGCGGAGACGGCGGCAACGCUCCUAUUUCCUCGACGUCUUUUGCUGCAGCUACCUCAGGCCCAAUGACGUACGGUGCUAUUGGCGGGUCCGCCGGUGGUUCGCUGGGCUCUGUCCAACCCAAGGCUGGAGAAUAUUUUGACAGAAACGAGCUGCCAAAGAGAUUCUGGCGAACUCAAUGGUCAGAAGAAGAGAUUGAGGCAGUUAGCAGUGGAGGAGCAAGCAUGUUCGCGUGA